AUGGAUACCGACUAUCCCGGGUGGAACGCUACCUUCAUGGCGAGGGACCCUCACCCCUCUGAUGGCGAUAGAGAUGAUGAGGAGCCUCUUCAUAAUGGCACCUUCAACUGCCGUCCUGACCAUGAAGGCUGGGCUAACAGAGGCGCCAUCAGGGACGGGAUUCAAUACCCCCGUAAAGUUCCUGGCACGGCGAAGACGGAGCUGGGCCCGACAACUGCGGCCGUGUUAGCUGCUCGUGGAAUUCCACCAUUAUAUGGUGCAACAAGGAUGACGUUGAGAAGGAGCUUGAGUGGAAUGACAUUGCCGAUGCUGCCCGUGAUAUCACCUAUAAAUCCUGGUUUGACGUCAGUGUCAACGUGA